AUGAGGCUGCGCUUGUUGCCCUCGCUAGCAAUAUUGAGCACGCAUUGCGUUGCCACCGGCGCUGAGCCGCUCAGAGUGUCACUGGCGAGACGAAGGCCACCCACUGCUGCUACGCCCGACUGGAUCCAGUCCGAGGCAGUGGCGUACCAUCAUGGUGAUCCUGCUACACCCGACUGGAUAAUGACGGAAUCUAACUCCACACAAGAUGCUGCCCAGCCCCCGCUACCACAUGGUAAGCGCGUGCCACUCCAGAACUUCGGCAAUGUACAGUACAUUGGCGCUGUGGGCUUUGGUAACCCGCCGCAAUAUUUCGACGUGGUGUUCGAUACGGGGUCGAGCGAUACGUGGAUCCCCGGCACCAGCUGCAAUAGUUGCGGCUCGCACCACCAAUUCGACUCUCAAAAGUCCACAACUUUCUUGGAUACCGAGGAAAAAUUCUACGAUGCGUAUGGGAGCGGAUCGGUAUCAGGAACAGUGGUGGUGGAUACAGUAACCAUCUCGGGAUAUACCGUGGACAGCGUUCGCUUCGGGAUAAUUGACGAUGAGAGCGACAAGCUGCAGGAGUUUCUUGCCGAUGGGAUCUUUGGACUGGGAUUCGAGGGCCUUGCACAUAUUAGUCGCCCCACUGUGUUCGCAGCUCUUGCAGGACAGAAUGCAGAUCUAGAAAAUAUGUUCGCUUUCUACCUCACACCUGAGGCCUAUCGAACAGGCAGCGAGUUGCAUAUUGGAGGCUACGACUUGUCUGUCGUUGGACCGAAUGCAUCGUUCCACUACACGCCCGUAGUGAAGCUGCCAGAGUUCGACUCGUUCAUGUAUUGGACUAUCAAGAUGAACAACUUCUCCAUCGUCACUGUCCAAGCCGAUGUCUCCGUCAAUAUGUGCGAGCCAUUCUGCUACGCCAUCGUCGACACGGGGACGUCGUUGAUCAGUGUUCCUGCAGGUCAGUUCAACGAGGUAGUUAGCAAGAUCACGCGUGGGUUAGACUGCGAUGGCAUUGACUGCAAUGCGGUGGCAGUUAAGGACUUCCCAGUGUUGCACUUUGGCAUGGAGCCAGACAACGUCUUCUUGCUACAGCCACAAGAUUACGUGUUGUGUUCGGGCUGGGGCCAGUGCAAACUACAGUUCCAGUCAACAACGGACGAGUGGUGGAUCCUUGGCGACGUCUUUAUUAAGACGUACUACACUCUGUUUGACGCUGAGCGGAUGCGGAUUGGCUUUGCGUGUGACGGUGAUGUUUGUCAAGGCGGACGGGGUAAUAUCUACGGUGAUAAUGGAGAAGGCGGCGCGUUCGGCGCGUGGGAGAACGCGUUCCUAUUGGGCUCGUGCUUCGCGGCCGCGUGCAUGUUCCUGUUCGUGUUCCUACUCAACCAACAGGACGAGGAGCCCAAUUUGAGCCAAGACGAGGGCUUCUUGGGAGCGAAAAUUGACCGACGUAACUCGCCUCAGGGAUUCCAGACACACGACCCGAAGCGGCCACUACUGUACGACGAUGAAGAGUCUCAGCAUGUGUACGCCACGUCGUCCUCCUCGACCUCACAGGCGUCGAGUUACGCCGAGGCAAGGCGCAACUUCGCAGCGCUGCCGUCGCCUCGGUCGAGUGACGGGUACCAGAGUGAUGGUUCGUGUGUUGAAGUUUAG